AUGGAAGAAAACAAAAAUAUUCUUCAGAGCAUUAUCACAUCAGAAGAUAUAAUUGAAGAGAUCCUUCAACAUCUUCCCAUGAAAGCACUUGCUAGAUUCAAAGCCUUGUCCAAGAAAUGGAGAUCGACGAUCGAAUCAACCCAUUUUUCCCAUAAACGCCUCCUUCGUUCGGGAUUACCAACACCGAACAUGAAACUUCUUGUUGUUCAUCAACCAUCAUCAAAUCCUAAUGACGAUUCAAACUCAACAACUUUUCUUUUGGACACUUUCUCUGGAGAUCACGACAACAACGGAGAAAUAUCUCUUACUUCUUCUACUUCUUACACUUUACUUGAUGAUACAAUCGACGAUCAAGACAAAACUAUCCAAGUGUUGGGCUCUUGCGACGGAUUGGUCUUAGUUCAGGUCUACAAAGAUUUUAGGUACAUUUAUUUAAUCAAUCCAACAACUAGAGAGCACCGGACACUUUCUCCUGAACCGUCGCAAUGGUCCAACCAUGUUAGUUACACUACUACAAAAACCAAUCCAGUGACCGGAGAAAACUUUCUCCAUCAAUCUUGCAAUUAA